UAGGGAACGAGAGCCCCAUCGCUGUGCUGGUUCCCCCCCCCUUUGCUGCUUCCCUUUGUCACUUUAAAGUGUUUAUUUUCAGAGCUGUUUGUCUGCCUUUGAGUCUAAUAGCAACUCCAUGAUAAUUGACAAGACUAAAGCCCUCCGACCUUUUGGGUUUUGUGCAUUUUGUGAUUUCUUUCCCUUGAUUCGUUUCCUUUCUUGCCUCUUCGUAGGUCACCUUCUCCAGCCAAAAUUUCUCGCUGUCGGUGAUGUAAAUCUACACUUCAAAGGAUGACUCCCAGCGCUGUGCUGCAGGAGGAAUACUGCCGGUGCGUGGAGAGAGAUUUCCGGAGGGGCCACGCUGGGGUUUGCACCGACCCAUCCCUGAAGGAGAUGCUCUGGCACAGCCUUCUGGAAAAUCCAGAGCUGCACCGUGACCUCCAAGGGGAAGACCUGUUUGAAGUGUUUGCUGCUGCCCUGAAGGGUCACCUGGAUCUCAGGGAGGUGCUCCAGAACCUCAGCAGGGCCUUCGAGGUGCUGGAAUUAGCAGCCAUCAACCUCUCCUUCUUCCCCUGGCGCAAGGAAUUUGGCACAAUAAAAACCUUUUCGGGCGUCUACGUGCACGUCCUCCAGGGGGUCCUUCCCGAGACCGACAUCACUAAGAGUUUCCGCCGGCUAGGCUACGUCCCAAGAGACAACUUCCGCCUGGUGCUGUCCAAGCUCCCGCCUGGUUCCAUCCUCCUCUCUGCCGCUUGUGGCUUCUUCGCUGCCAGGGUGGAGUGCGAGAUCCUGGGAAAGUUGGUGGCAAGCCUGGAGCCCUGUGUCGUGUCUCCCGACCAGCUGCUCCAAGCCCGGAGGGAGUCUGACGGCAGCCUGGAAGGCAGCGUGGCCAAGCUGCGGAGCCUGGUUCGGUGGCGCAGGGGCCGGGAGAUCAGCGUGGAGCCCACCGAUGAGGUCGAUCUGUACCAGGAAAGUCUGGAAGGGCAGAGCCCCUGCGGGGAGGCUUCGGGGGCCAGGCUGUCGUCCCAGCACGUGUUGGCCCCACCCGAAUGCGUUGCCAGCCCCAGCGGCCCCAGGCUCCAUUUUUGGAAUCCGCCGCAGCUGCCAGAGCAGCAGAGCAGGUUGUGGGCAUUGGGCCAGGACCAGCCCCAUAGCAACGGGGUCCUGGGCUCUGAGGGCCCUGACCUGGAGACCUCCUUCUCAAUCAUCUCCCUGAGGUCUGGGCUCAGCACGACGACGGACACCGACUACACCGCCCAGCCCUCAGGAGGCUGGUUCUUGUCUCCCGGCGCUUCCUAUGAGAGCUCCGCCCUCCAGCCCCACGGAGCUAACCCCCCAGCUGCUCCCUCCACAAGGUCGCCGAGGAGCCCACAGCUGAGCCCAGUGGGUGCGCGCCGGGCUGUGGGCCUGGGCGCGUCCAACGAGCCGCCCUGCUACCACCUGCCGACUACACCGCCCAGCCCUCAGGAGGUCGCCGAGGAGCCCACAGCUGAGCCCAGUGGGUGCGCGCCGGGCUGUGGGCCUGGGCGCGUCCAACGAGCCGCCCUGCUACCACCUGCAUGCGUGUCUGCGCCCGGGCGCGGCGCCNGCCGCCGCCACCACGUGGAGGAGCUGCAGAGCGAGAAGCAGAAGCGGCUCUGGCUGCAGCGGAUGGAGGUGGACCAGUUGCUGCAGGAGGGAGGAGGGGCCUGGCAGUAG